CUGUGGUGCGCACGUCACUGGCGCUCUCGUCUGUGAUUGGCUGCUGAGUGCAGGUUUCUGAUGUGUCGCUCAAGCCGCUGGAGUUUCGGAUGUGUCUGCAUCCGUACAUAAUAUCCGAUCGCACAAAGUGGAUCCAAACCCCAUAGAUUCCGUCCGAAUCGAAAAAAGCUCCAGACAAUGGCUCAGUGCACAGCAGCGUCGGCCAGUGGUGAUGUGAACGGAGGCAGCAAGACGAAGAGGAAAGUGGCCAUCAUUACAGGCAUAACCGGUCAGGAUGGAUCCUACCUGGCUGAGUUUCUGCUGGCGAAAGGUUAUGAGGUUCAUGGUAUCCUCCGCAGGUCCAGUUCUUUUAACACGGGCCGGAUCGAACACCUCUAUCAUAACCCUCAAACGCACACAGAAGGAAGUAUUGGAUCUUCUAAGUGUUACAUGAAGUUGCACUAUGGGGACUUGACUGAUAGCACAUGCUUGGUGAAAAUUAUCAAUGAAGUCAAACCCACAGAAAUAUACAACCUGGGAGCACAGAGUCACGUCAAGAUCUCCUUUGACCUGGCUGAGUACACCGCCGACGUUGAUGGGGUGGGUACUCUACGGCUGCUGGAUGCAGUGAAGACCUGCGGUUUAACUGACACAGUCCGCUUCUACCAGGCCUCCACCAGUGAGCUCUAUGGGAAAGUACAGGAAAUUCCCCAGAAAGAGACCACACCAUUCUACCCACGAUCCCCUUAUGGUGCUGCUAAGCUCUACGCAUACUGGAUUGUGGUCAACUUCAGGGAAGCCUAUAACCUCUUUGCUGUGAAUGGGAUCUUGUUCAAUCAUGAGAGUCCUAGAAGAGGUUCGAAUUUUGUAACUAGGAAGAUCAGUCGCUCUGUGGCGAAGAUCCAUCUCGGGCAGUUGCAGUGCUUCAGCCUGGGCAAUUUGGACUCUAAACGAGACUGGGGCCAUGCCAAAGAUUAUGUGGAGGCAAUGUGGCUGAUGUUGCAGCAAGAGGAGCCUAUCGAUUUUGUCAUAGCGACAGGGGAAGUGCACAGCGUACGGGAGUUUGUGGAGGGGGCCUUCAAACACGUGGGCAAAACUAUUGUGUGGGAGGGCAAGGAUGAGAAGGAAGUGGGGCGCUGUCAGGAGACAGGAGUCGUUCAUGUGAAGGUUGAUCCGAAGUACUACCGGCCAACUGAAGUGGACUUCUUGCAGGGAGACAGCUCCAAAGCCUUUAAGAUCCUGGGCUGGAAACCACGGGUGACGUUUGAGGAGCUUGUUAAAGAAAUGGUGGACGCGGACAUCGAGCUCAUGCGGAACAACCCGAAUGCCUGAUCCUACACGCCUUCAUCUCCAUGCAUGCCAAAGAGGCGGCUGUCUUGUGUUUGUGUGUGUGUGAUCACUGGAAGAAGCAUUCAACUGCAUUUCUGUUCCUCCGUCUAUCGUUUUCUCUCCUGCUUCAGCUUUCUGAUUUCACUUUCUCUGUGUUUUGAGGGUCCCCGAUGUUGCCUUUUUCCAUUUCCUUAAUAUUGUCAUAUUUAUGGUCAUGUGUAUGGAUUUUUGGAUUGUUUUCUGUCUAAAUGACUUUUAUCCAUUUUUAUAAAGCAGUUUUAAUUAAUAAUCAUGAAAAAAAAAAUGUUAUAAGGGAUUAAAGGGUUUGUAGAGCUUUUUAAAUGUGUCUGUUGCUGUUUUAUUCAUGAUUCCUUAAAUUGAAAUAUAUGACAUUAAUAAUUGGUUGGAACAUUGAUAAUUGUUUCCUGAUUAUUUAAAAUAAAAAUACAAAAUAUGGUUUUAAAA